AUACUUAGUCCCAUUUCCAAAAACACAAACAAAAACCAUCUCAAAAUGAGAGAAGAACCUUUCUUCUUCCAAUGUCGUUUCUUGGCCUCUUGUUUCAUCUUCUUCCUCGUCCUUCUUCCUCAAGCUUUCACUUACAAUACUCUUCCCAUCAACCCAUGCUCCGCACAUGGUCCUUAUGGGUUUCCUCCGAUCGUAAACCCUAGGCUCUUAAAAGCUUACACAGCCCUUCAAGCAUGGAAACACACUAUAACUUCAGACCCAAAUGGAUUCACUUCUAAUUGGUGUGGUCCUCAUGUUUGUAACUACACGGGUGUGUUCUGUGCACAGGCUUUAGACAACCCUUACGUCUUAACCGUAGCCGGUAUAGACUUAAACCGGGCCAACAUCGCCGGUUAUCUCCCGGUAGAGCUCGGUCUCUUAACCGAUCUCGCCUUAUUCCAUAUCAAUUCCAACCGGUUUGAGGGUCAACUCCCUAAAUCUCUAAACUGCCUCAAGCUUCUUCACGAGCUUGACGUCAGCAACAAUAAACUCUCCGGCGAGUUCCCUUCCGUCAUCUUCUCUUUGCCUUCUUUGAAGUUUCUUGACAUUAGGUUUAAUGAGUUGUACGGCGAUGUUCCUAGCCAACUCUUUGACCUAAACCUUGACGCUCUGUUCAUUAACAACAACAAGUUCCGGUUUAGGCUACCGAAAAACAUUGGAAACUCUCAGGUUUCGGUUCUUGUCUUAGCCAACAACGAUCUCCAAGGAUCUUGUCUACCUCCGAGUUUCUACAACAUGGGGAAAACGUUGCACGAGGUUAUUCUCACGAAUAGUCAGAUUGGCGGUUGUUUAAACCGGGAAGUCGGUUUGCUAAACCAGCUGACGGUUUUUGACGUGAGUUUCAACAACUUGGUUGGUUCGUUGCCGGAGACUAUGGGUGAUAUGAAGAGUUUAGAACAGUUAAACAUCGCAAAUAACAAAUUCUCCGGCCAUAUUCCGGAGAGCAUCUGCCGGUUACCGAAUCUUGAGAACUUUACUUACUCGUAUAACUUCUUCUCCGGCGAGCCACCGGUUUGUCUGAGGCUUCAGGAGUUUGAUGAUCGUAAAAACUGUUUACCUUUAAGACCAAUGCAACGGUCUCCCGCAGAAUGUAAAUCUUUUUCUUCUUAUCCUAUAAAUUGUGCUUCUUUCGGUUGCUCUCCGCCUAGUCCACCUCCUCCUCCACCACCUUCACCGCCACCACCAUCGCCACCACCAUAUGUGUAUCCGUCGCAUCCUCCGCCACCAUAUGUGUAUCCUUCACCACCGUGUACUCUUCCAACACCUGUGCAUUACUAAGGUUUCUGUUGAUAGUAUGUGAUCCAACAGUUGAAACUCCCAUCUGUUUAGUUAUUGUGUUCUACGUUAUGUAACGCUAGUAAUGUUCACUUUAAAUUGUUCUUGUCUCACAUCCGGAACAAAAUUCUCUAUUGUUUUUAUUCCUCGAUCUGAAAAUGUAUCGUCUAAUUCAUUA